AUGUCUCCUGUUUUUAAACAAAAUCUGAAAGGUUAUGCAGAAAAGUUGAUCCCAAGAAAGAGAGCUAGAACUAAAGCAAGAUACAAUUCCGAGGAGCUGAAGAAUGAUAACAAUGAUUCCAUGGUCAUUGUGAGCAAUAAGAUCCUUAGUAUCAUCCAACAAAGAGAAGAGAGACAACAAAAAGAGGCUGAAAAAAGAGAGGAGAAACUUAGAUUGGAAGCUGAGAAAAAGAAAAACAAUGUCUCGGAUACUAUGAAAGAGAUCACUGGCUUGGACCAGCAUACCAAGUUUAAAGCUGUGACUCUUAUCUAUUCUUUGGACAUGAAAGAUGUUUUUGCAGAUAUGUCUGUAGAAGAACGUUUUGGUUGGAUACAAACCAAUAUUAGCUGA